AGCAGGGGAGCCCGGGCCGGCGCGGGGCCUUGUGGGAGGGCUUAAGGAAGUAAAAUGGCGGACCUGGCGAACGAAGAAAAGCCUGCCAUUGCUCCACCUGUCUUUGUGUUUCAGAAGGAUAAAGGACAAAAGUCCUCUGCAGAGCAAAAAGACUUGUCGGAUUCAGGAGAGGAGCCUCUGGGGGAGGCUGAGGCCCUCCACCAUGGCACAGGUCACCCCGAGUCAGCUGGCGAGCUUGCCCUAGAACCUCCUGUCCCCGCUAGCACUUCCGCCAGCACUCCUCCGCCUCCCGCUCCACGAGAACUGGCAGGGAGGUCAGCCGGAGGCUCCAGUCCUGAAGCAGGAGAAGAUUCUGACCGAGAAGAUGGUAAUUACUGCCCUCCGGUCAAGCGGGAGAGAACGUCCUCUUUAACCCAGUUCCCUGCUUCACAGUCAGAGGAAAAAAGCAGUGGGUUCCGGUUGAAGCCUCCGACGCUGAUCCAUGGCCAGGCACCCAGUGCAGGUCUGCCGAGCCAGAAACCCAAGGAGCAGCAGCGCAGUGUGCUUCGUCCAGCCGUGCUGCAGGCCCCACAGCCGAAGGUGCUUCCACAGGCAGUCCCGAGCAGCGGCACCAAUGGGGUCAGCAUCCCAGCAGACUGCAUGGGGGCAGCAGCAGCAUCGUCACCGGAAAACUCUGCACAGAGAAGCCCGUCCGAGCCCACAGACAAGGUGCAUGCACUUGAGGAGCAAGAGCCCCAGGAAAAUGAGUGUGGAGGCACUUGUGGGGAGGAGAGCUGUGAGGGGAGAGAGCAGGCCACGCAGCAAGCCUUUAUGUUCGGGCAGAACCUGAGGGAUAGGGUGAAGCUGAUGAACGAGAACACCGGCACGAGCAGCAUGGACAGUACGGCGCAGCCCAGCUCAGACACGCCAGCCGCCACCAACUACUUCCUCCAGUACAUCAGCUCCAGUUUAGAGAACUCGACCAACAGUGCUGACGCCUCCAGCAACAAGUUUGUGUUUGGCCAAAACAUGAGCGAGCGCGUUUUGAGCCCCCCCAAGUUAAAUGAAGUCAGCUCAGAUGCCAGCAGGGAGAACGCGGCUGCCGAGUCGGGGUCCGAGUCCUCCUCCCAGGAGGCGACCCCUGAGAAAGAGUCCCUGGCCGAGUCGGCAGCCGCCUACACGAAGGCCACGGCACGCAAGUGUUUACUGGAGAAGGUGGAGGUCAUCACUGGGGAGGAGGCGGAGAGCAACGUGUUACAGAUCCAGUGUAAGCUGUUCGUCUUCGAUAAGACGUCACAGUCGUGGGUGGAGCGAGGCCGGGGGCUGCUCAGACUCAAUGACAUGGCGUCAACUGACGACGGGACGCUGCAGUCCCGCCUAGUGAUGCGGACCCAGGGCAGCCUGCGGCUGAUCCUCAACACCAAGCUGUGGGCGCAGAUGCAGAUGGACAAGGCCAGUGAGAAGAGCAUCCGCAUCACAGCCAUGGACACCGAGGACCAGGGCGUCAAGGUCUUCCUGAUCUCGGCCAGCUCCAAGGACACAGGUCAGCUCUACGCGGCGCUGCACCAUCGCAUCCUGGCCCUGCGCAGCCGUGUGGAGCAGGAGCAGGAGGCCAAGGUGCCAGCCCCCGAGCCCAGGGCCGCCCCGUCCAAUGAGGAGGACGACAGUGACGAUGACGACGACGUGCUAGCUCCCUCGGGGGCCGCCAGCACCGGUGCCGGGGACGAAGGGGACGGGCAGACCCCCGGGAGCACAUAGCGGCCGGAGCCUGCACAUGAGCCUGCUGCUUUGUCCGUCUGUCCGCUGCCGCCCCUCCCCGCAGGCUGCGUCCACAGGCCGGAACCGGAACCACACCCGCCGGGUUGGCCACUGUGUGGAUCGGCUCGUCCAGUUCAAAAGCAGACCCGGGAGCUGCCUGGAUGUGGUUUUGGGACACGAGUCUCAUCAUAUUGAUGAGCCAAAAAGAGUGUUCCCCGCCCCUCCUUGAUUGAAAUGGCACAUUAAGACUUGUCACAGCCUCUCACUGGGACUCAGAGACCUGCUUUCUUCACCCGAGUGUUGCAGCCCGGGCACCGAGGGGCUGUCGCCCCCUCCAGCCGGUCUGGCUGCGUGGCAGCGGCGGGGGCCGGGGUAGGGUCUGUCGGUUCAUAGGAGGGCAGGUGCUGGGCCCACGGACAUUCUGUUUACUACUUUCUAUUUCCCGGUCCCCAUGCUCUUGAUUUGGGGUUUCUAUUUUACACUUUUUUUUUUUUUUAAUUUCAAAGGCUUUGGUUUGGGUGUCUUGGAUUAAGAUGCCCCUGAGUGCUGAGCAGGCCUGGCCUGCCCUGCCCUCCCUGCGGCCCGGCCUCCUGAGCUGCGAGUGUACAGCCCCCUGGGGCUCAGCGUGGGGCUCCUGUCUGGCCUACACCUGGAAUGCCUCCCGGGAAGGUCCCCAGGGCCCUCCGCACCAACCCUCCAUCCGUAUCACGUGGUUCACCAUCAGGCACCCCAGCGAGGACCCCUCCCUGCCCUUGGCCGUUCCUUGCCCAGCCUCAGACAUCGUGACUAUCUGGGGCCUCGAGAGGCCAUGGGUGUCAACCAGGCGCCUGCUGAGUGGCAGGGCCCUGCCCUGGACAGCAGGCUGUGCCCAUGCACGCAGCCCGCACAGCCCCCCGGGGCCUGCACACACUGGCCCCGCAGACUUCGGGGGAAAUCUCCGCCCCACCUUGGGGAGAGGCCUCCGUCCUUUGCGAGUGCCGGUCUGCCUGGGCCAGCGGAGACACCGGAGGCCAAGCUGAAAGCUCAGUCCCACUGCUUCAAGCCUUAGCCAGCUAGGGACAAGUAAAAGCAGACCAUGCCCGUGUGUUCUGGAACAUUUAUGUAAGAUUGUCAUAUGAAAUGUAUUUGGGAACUACAUUAAAACUUUUAACUAAA